AUGAAUAAAGAUGGAUUUGAAAAUUUCGAUGAAGGUAAUUAAAUAUAAAUAUUAUUCUUAGAUAUUAUAAGUAGCAGACCUUUAGGACAUUUUCAUUUAUUAAAUUCAGUUCCUCAAUAAAAGAAUUUUAACAUCUUAGUUGUACAAAAAAUGAAUGUAGAAGGACCUAAUCUAAUGUAAAAAUAUAUUGUUGAGCCACUAUAAUAAGUUGGUCAAUAAGCAGUUGAAGUUAUAUUUAAUAAUCUUAUAAUAGGGUACAAAAAAUGCAAUUGUUUCACUGCCAUAAUUCUUUAAAUGGGGUGCAUGUGAAUUAUUUAAUAAAUUAACUUCAUCAUUUCAUAAAUCUUCAGAAUCAAUAUAACCUCAACCACAAUAAAACUAACAAUAAGAACAACAACCACCUGAAGAUGAUAUUGAUGAUUUACCAGUCGUAUUUGUUGUACCAAAAGAAAUUCUUGAAGGACCUCUUGCUGAAAGAUUAAAGUGGAUUGAUAAACAUAAAAAUAAUUGCGAAGUUUUUGUUCCUUUUGAAAAACCAAUGAAGUAUCAUUAUUUAUUUAUUAGAUUGAAUACUUUUAAUGGUCUUCAUACUAGUUCUUCAUCUUCUUCAAAUAGUCCAGACGAUUGUGAUUGUGAGGUAAGACGUAUUUCAUAAGAAUUUUAAUCUUAAUAUACUGCAUCUGAAUUAUUUCCAUCUACAGAAAGUAUAAAAUCAAAAUUAAUGAAAUCUAAUCAAAGAUAUGUCAUGUCUUAAGAUGAUUAUAAACUAAUCAAUUAAUAGAAUAAUGAAAAUUAAGAUUAAACUUAAACUUAAACUUAAAAUAUUAUUCUCUAUCCAUUCUUAGGUGAAAUGGCACCAAAAGAUUAAAUUUUAAACCAAAUCAAAAAUAACUAAUUGCAUUAAUCACCUGAUCCUGUAAUUUAACCUAAUUUUAAUUAAAUUUAAAUCUAACCAACUUCAUAAUAUAUUUAAAAUUAGUUUAUCCCCUUAAAUUUGAAUGGAAUAUCAUUUGACAAUAAUGUAUAAAAUACAAAUUUGUAAUAGUAAUAAUCAAAAUAACUACAAUAAUAAUAGAAAUAACAAAAAUAAGAAGAAGAAGUUAAUUACUAAAGAUAAUUAGAACCUAUGUUAGAAAUUUGA